AUGCACAAGUCGCUUGCUCUCACCCCUUUGCUUUUUCUUGGUGCUGUCGGCCAGCAACUAUGGGUAGCGAUUCGCAUUACCACUACCUCAAGUCUCGUGCUAGACGACUGCGUCAGCUACUUUACCACGACCGUGACCCCACCAAUCAGCUACUUCACUAUCACCACGGCCCUUGUUCAGUCAACGCGGACUGAUGAUUUCAUAGACGAAACGACGGCAUCCACGACUACGAGCGAGACCAGUGUUGCCACUAUCUCCAGCAUCACAACUACUACUCAACUCAAUACUGCCAUCGCUACGGAAACCACAACAGAGACGUCCACACUCACAACGACAAGCACAGUCUUCGCCACGGAAUUUACCACGCUCGCUCGGCGGCAGGCUGUCAACGAGAGGGGCAUCUCUACUGUACCAAAUACAUCCCUUGAGCCUCAAUAUGCGCCAGUAUACCACCGGAGCGACAGUGCGGAUUCUAGCACACGCCUGUGUGCGGGCGCGCGGACGAUUACAGUUACCGCUCCAGCGCCCAGCUCGACUACGACCGUCUCACUGGAUUUGACAUCGAGCACCACAGUUACCUCGACACAGACAGAAACAGAUACUGUCACUGAGCUUGUCUCGGUGUACAUCACGACCCCCCUGACGUCCACCGUCGACGAGACAUCCACAACCACCUUCACUGAGACAUCCACCACUGACACCACAACGACAACGGUCUCCACGUCAACAUCUACAACCGUGGUACCUCAAAGCACAGGCGUCUUUCGCGCACGAGGGGGUACAUUCGACGGCCAGUACGGGUACAACUCAAAUGAGCUUUUUCCCGGAGUCUCCUUCCUCGUCUUCGGCGCACAGCGUGCCGACGCGACAACCAUCAUCCGCACGACUGAAGGUCACUUGCAGCUGCCGAACACAAUGAUCUUUGGCCGAGCCGGCCCAAGUCCUAAUCUCUCCCCUUUCUUCUUCGUCAGGGACGGUGCCAGUGGUGGAUUCGUCUAUAUCGACGCUGUAGUCGGACCUGAUGGAGUACUUGCCUUCAGCCGCGGGGGCUCGCCAGGCAUCGUCGUUAGUUGCGGUAGCACUGAAGCGAAUAUCGCUCAGACGGUGCCCGAUGGAUGCACAGAGUUUAGCAUUGUCUAUGAGGCCUUGUAG